AUGUCCAGGAGAGCACCCAACCCCGCCGCCGAGCGGGCGGCCCAGAACCAGGCCACGAUCAAGAGUCUCCUGAAGCUGGAGCCCAACAAGAUAUGCGCCGACUGCAAGAAGAACAAGCACCCCCGAUGGGCUAGCUGGAACCUAGGCGUCUUCAUAUGUAUCCGAUGCUCGGGCAUCCACCGUGGCAUGGGCACGCACAUCAGCCGCGUCAAGUCGGUGGAUCUCGACUCGUGGACCGACCAGCAGAUGCAGAGCGUCCUGAGCUGGGGAAACGCUCGCGCCAACAAGUUCUGGGAGGCCAAGCUGUCCCCCGGCCAUGUCCCCUCCGACUCCAAGAUUGAGAAUUUUAUCCGUACCAAGUACGAGCUCAAGCGCUGGGCCAUGGACGGGCCCAUCCCGGACCCGGCUACCCUCGACGCUGGCGCCGAUGACGACAUCCCCCUCAGCGUAGUCAAGGAGAAGCAGACGAUCGAGAGGCGUGAGUCGGCCCGCAGGGCGGGCGGCAGCUCUGCUUCUGCCCCUUCCCAAGCUGCCGUCCCGGCACCCGUCGUCGACCUCAUCGGGGGAUCCUUCGACAGCAGCCCUGCUCGUUCUAGCUCGGCGGGCCCCUCCGCAGCAGCCAGGGUUCCUCCCAGGGCCGAACCGGCCGCUGCGCCUCCCAAACCCGCCCCCAGCAACUCGUCCCUCCUCGGCCUUGACUUCCUCGGAGAUUCGUCUGCUCCCCAACGCCCCGCCAGCACGACUGGCGUCAGCGCCCCCGGCAGCCAGUCGCGUCCUGACCUGAAGCAGUCCAUUCUGUCUCUGUAUGCGUCGGCGCCUAAGCCCCAACCCCAGCAGCAGCCGCAGAAGCCGCAGCACGGCCAUCAGGGCUCUUUUGGUGGCAUGACGUCUCCUCAGCAGGGAGGCUUCAACGACGCCUUUAGCAGCUUGAGCAUCGGCGGCAACACUACCAGCCCCAAGCCCGCCGCCGCUGACCCGUUCGCCAGCUUCGGAAGCGCCUCUGCCGGUCUCGGCCGCAGCACACCUACCAGCAACAACAGUUCUUCCUUUGGUGGCCUCGGCAGCGGUAGCUUCUUCGACCCCAAGCCUGCCGCCCCCGCCCCCGUUUCUUCCCUACCAGUCCAGCAGAGGAAACCCUCGGACGGCGGCUUCGGCGACUUCGGCUCUUUCACGUCAGCCCCCGCCCCCGCCCCCACCCCUGCCGCGGCCUCCAAGGCCGCCUCUACCUUCCACACAAGCGACCUGUUUGACCUGUCCGCUCCAACCACUACAACCUCGCCUCCCCCGUCUACCACCUCGCCGCCCGCAUUCUCCGCCCCGUCCGUCUUCGACCUCUCAGCCUCCCAGAAGGCGGUGGCUGCACCCCCGCAGCCCAAGCCCGCUCCCGCCGCAGUCUCCGCAUUCGGCGCCAGCUCUUCGGCCCUGUCGGGUGCCGACGUCUGGGGGUCAGGCAACGAGUGGGCCACGCCUGAGCCGGCGGUGGCCCCAGCCCCUGUUGCUGCCACUGCGCCGAGCAUCACUCCCGUCACCGCCACGGCAAACACUUCAUCGACCAACGACUUUGGCUGGGGGUCCUCGUUUUCAAGCACACCCAUCAUUCCCGGUGCCGGAGGCGGGUUCAACCCGGCCCCUCCAAAGGUGACUGCCGACGAGGAGUUUGGCGGCUGGUCUAGUAGCACCGGUCCUUCAGCGACGACUACGACUGCCGCACCCAAGCCCGCUACCGGCAUGGGUGGUGCAGAGGAUGACCUGUUUUCUAAUGUCUGGCAGUGA